AUGGCCAGCAGCUUUCUCAUAAUAGGCAUGAUCAUCUUAACACAGACCGUGGUUGGAAUCCUGGGGAAUUUCUCACUCGUUUGCAGUUAUAUCGUCUUUCACUUCAUGGGUUACAGGUUAAGGUUCACAGAUUUGAUCCUUCAGCACCUGAUUGUGGCCAACUCCUUGGUCCUCCUCUCUAAAGGGGUCCCCCAGACAAUGGCAGUCUUUGGGUCAAGGCAUAUUCACAGUGAUGUUGGCUGCAAACUUCUCUUCUUUCUGCACAGAGUGGGGAGGGGAGUGUCCAUCAGUAGCAUCUGCCUCUUGAGUGUCUUUCAGGUGAUCACGAUCAGUCCCUGGAACUCCAGGUGGGCAGUGCUGAAAGUAACAGCUCCCAAGUAUGUGGUUCUCUCUAUUUUCCUGUGUUGGAUCCUGCAAAUGCUGGUAAAUGUCAUUUUUCCUUUCAAUAUUACUGGCAAAUGGAAUGUCAAAAACAUCACAGAGGAAAGAGUUUUUGGCUACUGUAUUUCUAUUUUUACUGACAAAACUGACAACGCUAUGUAUGCAGCAUUGCUGUUAUUCCCUGAUGUUUUAUGUUUGGGGCUCACGCUCUGGGCCGGCAGCUCCAUGGUUCUCAUCCUGUACAGACAUAAGCAGCAGGUCCAGCACAUUCGUAGGACUCAUGCCUCCUCCAGGUCCUCCCCUGAGUCCAGAGCUACUAAAUUCAUCCUUCUCCUCGGGAGCACCUUUGUCUAA